UUUUCCACCCCUAUUUUAUCCUCCAUCAUUGUCAAAAUAGCAAUUGCUAAGAAAAUUCAAUCUUCCUUGCAGAGUUAGUAAUACUAAUACUAUUGCAACUUAAUCCCUUCUCUUUCUUUCCUUUGUUUUUGUAUAUACACACUAUUAUCAAUUAAUUAAUUAAUGGCGGAAACUGCUACGUAUAAUCACCCUUUGUUUAGCUGCAGAAUUUGCCAGAAUCCCAUCGCUCUUCGAGAUGAUCUUCUCUCUAAACGCUUUCUGGCGAAAUCAGGAAGAGCGUAUCUUUUUGGGCAUGCUAUGAAUGUGGUGGUGGGUAAAAAGGAAGAUAGAAAACUGAUGACAGGUACCUUCAGUGUUGCUGAUAUAUUCUGCAGCAAGUGUGGGCAGGAAUUGGGUUGGAAGUAUGUUAAAGCUUAUGAUCCCUCACAGAAGUACAAAGAAGGCGGAUUCAUAAUCGAGAUUGCCAAAAUUCUCAAAGAAUAUUAGUAAUAAGAUUUCAACACUUAUUUAUGUAAACAACUAAUGCUUGAUCGACUGUAAAUUAAUAAGAUUUCUGGUCAUGCAAAAACACUACUUUUAGUCCUUUGUAUGUUGUUAUCUAUCAUGCUGUUGAUGUGCAAGAAACAGGGUAAGCUUCUUUGGCAAUUAUGAUGAUUUUCACUUGUUAAUGGA